AUGGGGCGAGAACACCUGACCAACGACGAGUUCUUCACUCAGCUCGGCAACCUCUUCGAGCACAAUCGCAAAAAAGGCCACGGCAGCGUCUACCUGACCCAGAAGCGCCUGACAGUUGACUCGACCUCUACACCACCCACACCUACAAAGGUCGCAGACGAUCCAUUAUGGGACACGCAUCCUGAAAAUCCGCUACCGGUCCUGGUCCGCGCAUCGAACAACAGAAGCGACAAGAAGGCUGGCACGGACAGGCAAGAUGUUGCCAAGAUCGUCUUGAGCACGAUCGUGAAGCCAGACGACAUCGACACUUUCUACAUACGGUACGCCGAGGCAUGCAAGACGGGCAUGUCGUCUUUGAAGAAGAGAGAUAGGAAGAAGGGCAAGAAGGACAAGAAAAAGAAGAAGGGCGCGGAGACUAAAUGA